AUGACAGUCAGCUGUAAUAAAAGCAUGACAUCUGGUACUGCACAACUCCCGCCAACAACAGCCAGUACGACCACUGCAGCAGCAGCAGCAAAUGGAAGGAGCAGCAAUCGUCCUGCGUCUUCUCAACAGGGAAACAAACGGGAUAAUCAGCAGCAACAGAAACAGCAGCAGCCGACCAUGACACGAAUGCACCCCUCAAUGAAGAGACCAAGGGCACCAAUCGCCUGUUUUCGCUGCCACCACAAAAAGGUACGCUGCGAUGGUCUCCAUCCCAACUGUACUCGAUGUCUCACCACCGGUUUGUUGUGCGCUUACCCAAGUUCCCGUCGCUCCAGAAACACACAGCCAACCAAUGUCGAUCCUUUCAUUGACAACCUGUCGCAUCUCGAAGCCCGAAUACGACGUAUUGAGACCGAUUUGGAAUCUCAGCGAGCCAUGAUGCACUCAUUAUGCAAGAACAACAAUGCUAGUAGUACUGCUGCUGCCAACGCCACGACGACCAAUAAUAGUCCCCCAUUGACGCCUUCGUCUUCUUCUAAUACAACAACGAGUGCCAAAAGCAACAGUAGUUGUGUUAACAGUGGGUGUAGCAGUACAUCAUCACCUACUCAUACUACUACUAUUAACAAGACUCAAGAAUUGGCUGCUCAUAUGCGCAAAACAGAACAAGAGGUUCAGGAAUCCCGAUCGAUUUUGGCACAGUUGCGCUUACGAGGUGAGCAACGAAUUGCUCGGGGUAAACGUAGUAAUGGCACGUCUACUGCUACAAGCAUCACAACGUCAUCGACUUCUACAGCUGCAGCAGCUGCGACUGCGGCAACAGGACCAGCAACAGGACCAGCAGCAGCAAAGCGUAAAAGACAAAAAACCAAUAAUCAAGACGAGUCUACCGUUGCCAUCAAUACUUCUACUGCUACUGUCACCACAAGUAAUGCACCUGCAGGUCUGCCACCACACCCACAACCACCCUCGUUUUACUAUACGGGUCAAGAUAACCUCAUCACGCCCCCGCCUCCAGAUCCCUUUUACUUUUUCCCAACAGCAGCGGGCUCGCAUUCGCCCUUUGCUGACUCGCUGAUGAUGGGUGAUUGGUCACUUUUCAAUCAUAUGCCGUAUGACGGAAUAAAGCAACAGUAUGAGCUACAACAACAUCCAGGAGCUGCUACUGUCACUACCACGCCAACAGCAGGACAUCCUCAGCAGCAGCAGCAGCAGCAACAGCAGCAUCAUCACAUUGAACACCAGCAGGAUCAUCAAAACCACUACCAUCAUCAGCAAUCUGGAAUUGCCCCGCCGUUAUUAUCAGUGGAUCCACCCGCUCUUCCUACGGAUAGCACUUCUGUUGCUGCCGCUGCCGCUAAUGCUGUAUGUACACAGGGCGAGCACUAUUUUAUGAUGGAUGGCUCUUCCACUGCCACUUAUCAACAAGAGAGAAAAGACUGCAACUAA